UUUGAAGAGAAAAGAUAGUACUGAAAAAGUUCUUGAGGAAAAAUUUGAAAAUUUUGAAGAAAUUAUGAUUUAAUUGCGACAGAAUUUAUUGAAAAGUUAUUGGAAUAGUAUCUAAUUAAUUUUUUUUUCAAUAAGAGUAUUGUAAAUUAAGCUUGAAAAUGUUUGUUCACGAUCUACGUGCCCACGAUUCGGGGGACUCUGGAGAUGAAGAUAUUCCACAGGGUGAUUUGCUCCAGAGAAGAAGGGAAGAAUGCGAGCGGAAAGCGCGUCGUGGGGAGAUGGAUCCCCGGUUGGAGUUUACUUUUCAGUUGCUGAUGGACGGAACUGGAUUGCCUCGCCAUCAAAUUAUGGAUCACAUCUUCGAAGGCGAUAUGUUGGAUGAGAUUAAUCAACUGUUUCUACCAAAUAUGAGGAACAAAUUGAUGUGGUUUUAUCAGGAGGUGGAUGAACCAGAACCCCAACCAAGUUCAGAUGCCCCAAAGGCCGGACCAUCGAGGGCAGGAAUGUCGAAUAUUUCCAAAACUCCUCAAGGUACAACAUCUAGUGGACCCACCAUGAGAUUCAAACUAUUUCUAACUGAUGGAUGGAAUUGUGGUUUCACCGGUGUCUGCAUCUAUAUGUUUCGCAUCAAUAAUACAAAGCAGUUGCCUGAAGAGGGAUUUCACAAGGAUUUAUAUUGCGGCGUAAUUGAUUCCCGUCGAGUAGGAUUAGUUGCGUCGGUUGAGAGGAUUGUGGAGUAUAUUUUUAUGCAAGCACUCGGUUUCCCAACUGAAGAUGAUGAGGAAAUAAAUCAGCUACUCAUCAAGGGACAACUGCUGCCUGGACUCAGAUCAUUUUGUAGUGCUCUACGGGUGUGUGAGAAAGUCUGCAGUUACGUCAAUGUCUUCGAGGAUAAUAUUCACCAUUUUUCAGUUCAAUCUACUGUGAAUGAGGUGAAGGAAUUGGCGACAAAUCAGGAAUUUUGUCGAAAUUCUGAAGAGCGUGUCAAGGCAUGGAUGAAAGGAAUUAAUGUCAAUAUUCUGAUGGAAAGUGAACAACUCAGGCGUGAAAAUGAUUCAAGUGGGCCUCAAGAUGAAUUGGAGUACUGGAAAUGUCGAGGAGCACAAUUUUCCCAGCUUUUAUCACAUUUACAGGAGAAGGAAGUACAGUAUACACUCACGACAUUGGGACUAUCAGGAUCGAAGGUGAUGAAGCUGUGGAAGGAGACUGAUCGAAAAAUUACAUUUUGUUACAACGAAGCAAGGGAUAAUUCUAAAUUUAUCCAGUCUAUGGAGCAAUGCUGUCAUGCUUUGUAUCUCGAUGAUCCGGUCAAUAUGAAGGAGUCCAUUCUGAGCCUCCUUCAAACUGUAAGGCUCAUCUACAGUGUAUCUCAAUUUUACAACACCUCAGAACGUACUUCAGCCCUUAUGGUCAAGAUCACGAAUCAAAUGAUUGAAACAUGCAAGUCUUACAUUACGUGCCGAGGAAAGGAAACUAUUUGGUCUCAAGAUCGAAAUUUAAUUAGGACUAAAUUGACAAAUUGCAUUAAAUUGAAUCACAUCUACCGAGAGACAUACUACGCUGUUCGGGCACAACCAUUCUUGCCCAAUCAGACACCCUUUGGAUUUUCUGAGAAUUUCGUCUUUGGCAAGUUUGAUACCUUCUGUGAGCGUCUACAGAAAAUAAUAUCUAUGUUCAAUCUCAUUGAUGAUUACAAUCACUUAUUUGAGCGUAGACUUGAGGGAUUACUUUUGGGAGAAGCACUCGAUGAAGCAAUGAAUAACUUUGGGGAAGCGAAGAAGGAAGUGGUUUUCAAGAAAUAUGACUACCUAGAUCAUCGCAAUGCAGACUUCAAUGUUGAUUUUCAGAGUUUCCUUUCCAAGACCAACACACUCAAGGAAUCCAUUGCAUCGAUGAUUGAAUAUAAUUUCGAUACUGUAUGGGAGACUCCCCAGGGAAUACGCUUUUUGAUUCGAUUUGAGAAAGUGAGCGAAAAAAUUCCAUUGACACAGAUGGAAGAAAAAUAUCAGAGAAUUCUCAAGUACUGCGAGAAGGAGGUGGAAAGGAUUCUCAAGUUAUUCCGCAAGCAGCGAGAUGAUCCACCACUGCCCAGGAAUGUUCCACCCAUUGCUGGUCGCAUAAAGUGGUGUCGCUCUUUGGAAUGUCACCUGGCUGAGUUGGUUUCAAGUGUAUCAACACAUCCCAUCCUUCAGAGUCUACCAGCCACCAAGGAUCUUGAAAAUCGAUACAAUUCAGUUAAGAUAAUCCUGACAGAGUAUGAGCAAGAGAUUGUGUCAAUUUGGCUAAAUCAGGAUGUUACAGUGGCGGAUGCCUGUCUUAUACAACCUGUUCUUGCACUUCAACACGAUAGACUCUUUGUUAAUCUGCACUCCACAAUCCCACUCCUUAUUAGGGAAGCAAAAUGUCUCGCAAAAAUGAAUAUUGAAUUGCCUAUAGUGGCCGCUACGCUUCUUGCUAAACAAAAUCACUUCAGCACCAUUCAGGAUUCACUAAAUAGUCUUAUCAAGAUGUUUUUAUCAGCUGUGAAAAAGGUGAAACUUGAGGUGAGACCACUUUUUCUCCCUCAACUUGUACGUUUAACAUCUAUGCUCCGUCCAGGAUUACAGUCAAUUAACUGGACCGACCCAAAGUGGGUGGAAUUUUAUGAGAAUUGCAAAGAAGCAAUAAUAACUUUUGAUAUCCUCGUUGCUCGGGUUCAUGAUAUUUAUGCCAACCGUAUUCUGCACGUUCUCAUGUCAAUGCAAGAUGUUACCUUGCAGACUCUACCUACAGACGAUGAAAUGUGGACAAUUGAGGAAUUCUUGGAGAAGAAUGAGGAGGCUUGUCGUCAGGCGGCUAUUGAGCUAAACCGGAAGAGUCAGAUGGUGGCGGAAGCUGUAGAAGAAGUACUAGAUCUUGUACAAAAAGCAUCGCAACAAUUUAAAGAAAUGGUUGGAGCAGAAAAUGACUUAAUGGCUGACGAUGAGACCAAGAGUACUCCAUCGAGUAAUAAAGACGACGAAGCAGAUAGUUCCCAGAAUCAACAACAAGACUGGAGUAUUUUGUGGUCAUGCUUUGAGAAUCCCCUGUCACUACUUUCGUCUCAGAAUGGAGGACUCUCAAAGGGUAUGCAAGAUAUGGUGCACAAUGCCGUAGCGGAAAUGCGUCGGUAUUAUAGUCGGAAAGUGAUUGAUGUCCUAAUAAGAGUAACAAGAUCAUCGUUGGAUAUGCUAAGACGACGCUUUGUGUCAGAUCUCGAUGGUGAGACAGCCAGGAAACCAGUGUUUCUAAUGAAUGCCACCCUUAUGAUUCCCAAUGUGUCCAUUCGACCAACACUCGAUGAGCUUCAAGAGUCUCUUGUCCAAGCAGGAAAGAACAUCACUGGCGUUGCUAAAGGUGUAGCUCAAUGGUCAAGUGGAAAGGAUUCUUCAGGUGGACACUCUGUUGCUGAUAAGCGACAAAGUCGAAAUCUCCGAGAGGAUAGCAAGACUAGGAGACGCAAAGUUUAUCGUCUGGUAUCGGAAGAGAAACCUCAAAUGCCACAUAUGACCAAGAGCUUUUACAGCUACAUCAUGGAUAAUAAAGAAGUGGUUAAGACCCUUUCUCUAUUAUCGACUUGUACCAGGAAUGUGAAGCAGGAUAUCCAAGGAUUCAUUAAAAGAUGGAAGCCAUAUCAUUUCCUAUGGAAGAAUGAUCGUACAGCGCGUCAACUAAUGGAAUAUGGUUUGCAUGAAUUUGAGUCCUCACUUCGGUGUCUAGCAGACCUUGAUGCUAACUUGCUUAUUGAAGCUGAUAUGGAAUACUUCGGUCAGAGUAUUGCAAUCUCUACGGAGAAGCUCAAGUAUGGUUUGGCAAUUGAAAUAAAGUCAUGCACCCAUAAAAUUGGCCAAGCUAUGAAGAAGAAGUACAAGAGGGAGAUGGACUACGUGUAUGCUGUAAUGCAUGAAAUGGAGAGGAAGCUGGAUCGACAAAUACGGGAUCUUGAUGAUGUGAGAAUGAUAAUGGAUACCCUAGCUAAGAUCCGAGAGCAAGAAGUAGAUAUGGAGCUCAGAAUUGAUCCUAUUGAGGAAGCUUUCAAUGUAUUAACAAAAUAUGAAGUUCAGGUGGAUAGAGAACAUUAUGAUCAAGUUGAUAACUUGCGCUACACAUGGCAAAAUUUACAGGGAUUGGCUCUACAAGCUCAGGUGAAACUAUUGGACAUGCAGCCAAGCUUCGAGUCUGAUCUGAGGAAUAACCUUGAUAAAUUCCGCCAGGAUAAGGUGGAAUAUGUGAAUGAGUAUAGAAAUGCAGGGCCCAUGCAACCAGGUUUGACACCUCGUGAAGCCAGUGAUAAAUUGAUACUCUUUCAAAAUCGAUUCGACGGUAUGUGGCGACGUUUACAAACAUACCAGAGCGGUGAAGAAUUGUUUGGGCUACCUCAGACAGACUAUCCCGAACUGGGUCAGAUCCGUAAAGAGCUUAAUCUACUGCAGAAGCUGUAUAAGCUUUAUAACGAUGUCAUAGAUCGUGUGAGUAGCUACUAUGAUAUUCCAUGGGGCGAAGUGGAUAUUGAGGAAAUCAACAAUGAAUUGAUGGAGUUUCAGAAUAGAUGCAGAAAGCUACCGAAGGGCCUCAAAGAGUGGCCGGCCUUCCAUGCCCUCAAGAGGACUAUUGAUGACUUUAACGAUAUGUGUCCCUUGCUUGAGUUGAUGGCCAACAAGGCAAUGAAGCCGCGUCAUUGGCAGAGGAUCAUGGAGGUUACCAAGUAUACAUUUGAAUUUGAUAGUGAGGGCUUCUCUUUGAAGAAUAUCCUUGAGGCUCCUCUGCUUAAAUACAAAGAAGACAUUGAAGACAUUUGUAUCUCGGCUAUGAAAGAGAAGGACAUCGAAGCGAAACUGAAGCAAGUCACCAAUGAGUGGUCAGUUCACGAGUUACAGUUCAUGACAUUCAACAAUCGUGGAGAACUGUUGCUUAGAGGUGAUACCACAGCUGAAACAAUUGGUCAGCUAGAGGACAGCUUGAUGGUCCUGGGAUCACUGAUGUCUAACAGAUAUAAUGCUCCAUUCCGCAAGCAGAUUCAGCAGUGGGUAUUUGAUCUAUCAAAUUCAAAUGAUAUCUUGGAGAGAUGGCUUCUUGUUCAGAAUAUGUGGGUGUAUUUGGAAGCAGUAUUUGUAGGUGGUGAUAUCGCCAAGCAGUUACCCAAAGAAGCAAAGAGAUUCUCCAAAAUCGAUAAAUCUUGGCAGAAGAUUAUGCAGAGAGCCCAUGAAACGCCUGGCGUUGUAGCAUGUUGUGUUGGAGAUGAUCUUCUCAAGCAACUCUUACCCCACUUGCAAGAACAACUGGAACUAUGUCAAAAGUCUCUGAGUGGAUAUCUUGAGCGCAAGCGUAUGAUGUUUCCACGUUUCUUUUUCGUAUCUGACCCAGCUCUUUUAGAGAUCCUUGGACAAGCUUCAGAUUCUCACACUAUCCAGAAUCACUUGCUCUCAAUUUUCGACAAUACUCGCUAUGUGAAAUUUCAUGAUAUUGAGUAUAAUAAAAUGAUGGCUAUAGUUUCUUCUGAAGGAGAAAUUAUCCAGUUGGAUAGAGCCAUAAGGGCGGAAGGAUCUGUAGAAACUUGGCUCACGUCCCUCCUAGUUUCAUCUCAGCAAUCUCUCCACUCAAUUAUCAGGCAAGCUCAUACUAAUAUCAAUGAUCCCAACUUCCAGUUCUUACCAUUCUUGGAGAAAAUGCCUGCCCAAGUGGGUAUCUUAGGCAUUCAGAUGAUAUGGACGCGCGAUGCCGAAUUGGCACUUAUGCAAGCACGACAUGAGAAAAAAGUUAUGUCAGAAACCAACAAUAAGUUCCUUGAGCUAUUGAACACAUUGAUUGACCAAACUACCAGAGAUCUAACGAGGAUUGAGAGAAUAAAAUUUGAAACUUUGAUCACAAUUCAUGUCCACCAGAGAGAUAUUUUUGAUAUCUUGUGCAGGAUUAACGUACGAUCAGCUAACGAUUUUGAAUGGCUAAAGCAGUCCCGGUUUUACUUCAAAGAAGAUCUUGAUAAGACUUGGAUAUCAAUCACAGAUGUUACUUUCAACUACCAAAAUGAGUAUCUUGGAUGCACGGAGAGAUUGGUCAUCACACCCCUUACUGAUCGGUGCUACAUUACCCUAGCACAGGCCUUGACUUUGAGUAUGGGUGGUAGUCCUUGUGGUCCAGCAGGUACUGGCAAAACGGAGACGGUGAAAGACAUGGGAAAAACUCUAGCAAAAUACGUUGUGGUUUUCAAUUGUUCAGAUCAAAUGGAUUAUCGUGGACUUGGAAGGAUUUACAAAGGUUUAGCACAAUCGGGAACAUGGGGAUGUUUUGAUGAGUUUAAUCGUAUUGAACUACCUGUCCUUUCGGUUGCAGCACAGCAAGUUGCCGUUGUGCUUACGGCACGUAAAGAGAAGCGCAAGAAUUUUGUCUUUACUGAUGGCGAUCUCAUUGAUAUGAAUCCCGAAUUUGGAAUAUUCAUUACCAUGAAUCCUGGAUAUGCUGGCAGAAAGGAAUUGCCUGAAAAUUUGAAAAUUCAAUUCCGUACUGUAGCAAUGAUGGUUCCAGAUCGUCAGAUCAUUAUUAGGGUUAAGCUUGCUUCAUGUGGAUUUCUUGAGAAUAUUACUCUAGCCAGAAAAUUCUAUACACUCUACAAAUUGUGCGAGGAGCAACUCACCAAGCAAGUUCAUUAUGAUUUUGGUUUAAGAAAUAUUCUGUCCGUACUUAGAACUCUGGGUGCUGCUAAGAGACAAAAUUGUAGAGACAGUGAAAGUACCAUAGUGAUGAGAGUGCUUCGGGAUAUGAAUUUGUCAAAAUUAAUCGAUGAGGAUGAGCCACUGUUUAUCUCCCUAGUGGCUGAUUUAUUCCCUAAUCAAGCCCUCGAGAAAACAACAUAUCCAGAUUUGGAAGCUGCCAUUCAAACUCAAGUUGAGGAAGCGGGAUUGAUUUUCCAUCCACCGUGGGUGCUGAAACUGAUUCAAUUGUAUGAAACCCAGAAAGUGCGACACGGAAUAAUGACUCUUGGACCAGCGGGAGCUGGGAAGACAUCGUGUAUUCAAAUUUUGAUGAAAGCUCUAUCCCAAUUGGGAGAUUCUCACCGUGAAAUGCGCAUGAAUCCCAAAGCAAUAACAGCAGCACAAAUGUUUGGACGAUUGGAUGUUGCCACAAAUGAUUGGACUGAUGGAAUCUUUUCAGCUCUAUGGAGGAAAACACUCAAGAUGAAAAAGAGUGAUCAUGUGUGGCUAGUCUUAGAUGGACCCGUAGAUAGUAUUUGGAUUGAAAAUUUGAACUCUGUGCUGGAUGACAAUAAAACUCUAACUUUGGCCAAUGGAGAUCGAUUGGCCAUGUCAUCAACGUGCAAAAUUAUUUUUGAGCCACACAAUAUCGAUAAUGCUUCACCAGCUACAGUAUCACGCAAUGGAAUGGUGUAUAUGAGUUCUUCAGGAUUAGAUUGGAAUCCAAUACUCAUGGCUUGGCUGUUGAGACGGAGUCCAAGAGAGAAGGCAGUCUUCCAGGAAUUGUUUGAUUUGUCCUUUGCUGCCCUUUAUUCUUGGGGGACACAAAAUCUAAAUUUGAUGAUGGAUGUCCUUCAAUGCAAUAUUGUAUGUCAGAUGCUAAGUAUUUUAGAGGGUUUGGUGCCUGUCCUUAAGGAGGAAGAAAAUAACGUGGCAUUAUCGACAACUGAGAGUCUCGAGGAGGAAAAUCCUGAAGAGCAGAAGCAAGAAGUCAAGGAUGAAGUGUGCACUCCUGAACACCUACAUCGUCUAUAUAUUUUUGCCAUGGCUUGGGGAAUGGGAGCAUUUCUCAAUACGACUGACCAGAAAAAAAUGGAUGAAUUUGUCAAGUCACGAUUUACCACAAUGGACUUCCCUACUGACGAAAGAAAUCCAAAUACCACAAUAUUUGACUAUUUCGUGACUGCAACGGGAGCAUGGCAGCAUUGGAGUACUUUAGUGACAAAUUAUGUGUAUCCUGAAUAUUCUACUCCGGACUAUUUGAGCAUUCUUGUGCCGAUUGUGGAUAAUGUGCGGAUAGAUUAUUUAAUUAGCACAAUAGCUAACCAGGAGAAAGCAGUCUUGCUGAUUGGUGAACAGGGAACUGCUAAGACGGUCAUGAUGAAGAAUUUUAUGAAGAAAACAAACCCUGAAUCCUUUAUGGGACGCUCAUUCAAUUUCUCCUCAGCUACAAGUCCAUAUCAAUUUCAGAAGACCAUCGAGAGUUACGUGGAGAAACGUCUUGGGAAUACCUUUGGUCCACCCGGUGGGAGGAAGCUUAUUGUCUUUAUUGAUGAUAUCAAUUUGCCUCAGAUUAAUGAGUGGGGUGAUCAAAUUACUAAUGAAAUAGUGCGACAAACUAUGGAUAUGAAAGGGUUCUAUAGUCUUGAGAAACCUGGAGAUUUUACCAAUAUUGUUGAUGUUCAAUUUGUAGCAGCAAUGGGUCUACCUGGUGGUGGACGAAAUGAUAUACCAUCGCGUCUUAAGAGGCAAUUUGCGGUGUUCAAUUGCAACAUACCCGAUGAUGUGUCCAUUGAUAAAAUAUUCCGGGUGGUGGGUGAGGGUCACUACAAUGCCAAGAGGGGCUUUCAGCCGGAGGUGAGGAAUUUGGUGAAACGACUAAUACCACUCACACGACUUUUAUGGCAACACACGCGCAAUAAAUUGCUCCCAACACCGGCAAAAUUCCACUAUGUCUUCAGCCUGAGGGAUCUCUCACGCAUAUGGCAGGGGAUGAUUGGUACUCUCUCCACCGUAAUCACGUCUGAGAGUGUCAUGGUAUCACUGUGGAAGCAUGAGUGCACGAGGGUAUUUUCUGAUCGUUUUACUGUGGCCAGUGACAAGGAGUGGUUUAGCACGGAGAUUCUUGCUCUUGUGUGCACAGAACUCGGAGAUGAUUAUGUGGCAAUGGCCAAACCAAAUCCAGUGUUUGUUGAUUUUAUGCGUGACGCACCAGAGCCAACUGGUGAAGAGGGUGAGGAUACAGACAUGGAAUUACCAAAAGUCUAUGAGCCUGUUUCUCAAUAUGAUAUUCUCAGGGAGCGUCUUAUCAUGUUUCUCUCACAAUUCAAUGAAAUGGUGCGUGGUACAGGGAUGGAUUUGGUAUUCUUUCCAGAUGCCAUGCUUCACUUGGUAAAAAUCUCUCGAAUUAUUCGCCAUCCGCGAGGGAAUGUUAUGUUGGUGGGUGUUGGUGGAUCAGGAAAACAAUCACUCACAAAAUUGGCUUCCUUUAUUGCUGGUUAUAAAAUAUUUCAAAUCAACAUGACAAGAUCAUACAAUGUGGCCAAUUUUUUGGAAGAUUUAAAACUCCUCUAUCGAGCAUGUGGUGUUCAGGGUAAGGGGACAACAUUCCUCUUUUCGGAUUUAGACAUCAAAGAGGAGGGAUUCCUUGAGUAUCUCAAUAAUAUCCUUUCCUCGGGUGUAAUCUCAAAUCUCUUUAAUCGAGAUGAGCAAUCUGAAAUUGUGUCUGAAUUGACACCAAUCAUGAAGAGGGAGAAUCAGAAGAAAACUGCCACAGCAGAAACUGUUAUGGAAUAUUUCCUCCAGAGAACCUGCCACAAUCUCCAUGUGGUAUUUUGCUUUUCACCCGUUGGUGAGACAUUUCGCCAUCGUGUCUUACGAUUUCCGGCCCUUGUGUCAGGAUGCACAAUCGACUGGUUUCAGCCAUGGCCUAAGGAUGCUCUUGUGGCCGUGGCCAAACAUUUCCUCUCUGACUUUGAGAUUGAGUGCACAAAGGAAGUUAAAGUGGAAUUGGUGAAUGCUCUUGGAACAAUUCAAGAUGUGGUUUCUGAAACAUCUGUAGAUUAUUUCCAACGCUUUAGGCGUGCCACCCACGUUACACCAAAAUCAUAUUUAAAUUUUAUUGCUGGUUACAAAAAUAUCUAUCAACAGAAACAGAAGGAAUUAGGUGAUGGUGUUGAGAAGAUGGAUACUGGUUUGGAGAAAUUGGCUGAGGCAAGUGCCUCGGUGGAAAUCCUAAAGAAAGAUUUAGCUGUGAUGGAGAAAGAGCUUGCUGAAGCUUCACAGAAGGCUGAGAGAGUGCUCCUGGAAGUCACAGAGAGAGCAAUGCAGGCGGAAAUUGUGAAAAAUCAGGUGCAGACGGUGAAGGAAAAGGCAGAAGCUCUAGUGGCUAAUAUUGCUGAGGAGAAGGGUUUGGCCGAAGAAAAAUUGGAAGCAGCCAAACCAGCCCUCGAAGAAGCAGAAGCCGCUCUGAACACUAUCAAACCGGCUCAUAUAGCAACUGUACGAAAACUAGGCAGACCUCCUCAUCUUAUCAUGAGAAUUAUGGAUUGUGUCUUGAUCCUAUUUCAGCGAAAAGUGCAUCAAAUGAUAGCAGAUACAGCCGCUCCUUGUCCAAAACCUUCAUGGCAGGAAUCACUGAAGAUGAUGGCUAGCACGACAUUCCUUCUGCAACUGCAAAACUAUCCCAAAGACACUAUAAAUGACGAGAUGAUUGAUUUUCUACAGCCCUAUUUUCGAAUGGAGGAUUACAAUAUGGACACAGCAAGGAGAGUUUGUGGUGAUGUUGCAGGUUUAUUGUCCUGGACUAAGGCCAUGGCAUUUUUCCAUGGAGUGAACAAAGAGGUACUUCCUCUUAAGGCCAAUUUGACUCUUCAGGAAGCUCGCCUGAAAAUUGCCAUGGAUGACUUGGCAGCGGCGGAAAAUCAGCUGGCAGAGCGAGAAGCAGCUCUACAGGAAGUCAAGGAGCAAUAUGAUUCUGCUGUAGCUGAAAAACAGAGACUCACAGAUGCAGCCAAUGUAUGCCUGAGAAAGAUGACUGCAGCUACUGCACUUAUAAAUGGUUUAGGCGGUGAAAAGCAUCGAUGGACACAGCAAAGCAAAGAGUUUAAAAUUCAACUAGGAAAACUCGUAGGGGAUGUCCUCUUGGCAACCGGAUUCUUAUCCUACUGUGGUCCCUACAAUCAAGAAUUUAGAGCUAAUUUGCUCAAGACAUGGAUGGGAAUUCUCAAAACCCGCAAUAUUCCUUAUACUCAUAAUUUGAAUAUCAUUAAUAUGCUUGUCGAAUCUUCAACAGUUUCAGAGUGGACACUGCAAGGUCUACCUAAUGACGAGCUUUCUGUGCAGAAUGCACUAAUUGUCACUAAAUCAAGCAGUUAUCCCCUCCUCUGUGAUCCACAGAAUCAAGGCAAAUUGUGGAUUAAGAGCAAGGAGGAUUGCAAUGAACUGCAAAUAACAUCACUCAAUCAUAAGUACUUUAGAACUCAUUUGGAGGACAGUUUGUCUCUGGGUCGACCACUUCUUAUUGAGGAUGUUGGUGUGGAGUUAGAUCCUGUGAUUGAUAAUGUGUUGGAAAAGAAUUUCAUAAAGUCAGGAACAAUUGAAAAAGUGUUGGUGGGAGAUAAGGAGUGCGAUGUUAUGCCAGGGUUUAUGCUGUAUAUCACCACAAAGCUUCCAAAUCCAGCAUUUAGCCCUGAGAUUAGUGCAAAGACAUCGAUUAUUGACUUUACCGUGACAAUGCGUGGUCUUGAGGAUCAGCUCUUGGGUCGUGUGAUUCUUAUGGAAAAGUCUGAUUUGGAAGCAGAGCGAGUCAAUUUAUUCGAGAGUGUUAUGAAAAAUCAGCGAAGUAUGAAGGAAUUGGAAGCCAAUCUUCUCUCUCGUCUCACCUCAUCAGAGGGUUCUCUUGUGGACGAUGAGGCACUGAUACAGGUGCUUCAAGAAACAAAAACCACAGCAGAGGAAGUUAAUCAAAAGCUAAAAAUUUCUGAGGUAACCGAAAAGAAAAUUAUGGUGGCUCGUGAAGAAUUUCGCGCUGUGGCUAGUCGAGGGUCCAUCCUCUAUUUCCUAAUUGUGGAAAUGAGUAAUGUUAAUAUCAUGUACCAAAAUUCCUUGAAGCAAUUUCUCGUAAUUUUCGACAACUCAAUUACUAAGUCGGUUAAGAGUAGCAUCACUGAGGAGAGAAUUAAUAUUAUUCUCAAGUACUUGACAUAUGAAGUCUGGGCAUUCACCAGCAGAUCUCUAUAUGAAAGGCACAAGCAGCUAUUUACCCUCAUGCUUGCCAUUAAGAUUGACUACCACAAGGGUAAUAUAAGCCAUGAGGAAUUUAUGUCUUUCGUGAAGGGUGGUGCAUCACUUGACCUCAAUGCUGUGGCUCCAAAACCAUUUAGAUGGAUAUUGGACAUGGUAUGGUUGAAUCUUGUAGAGAUUAGCAGGCUCAACACCUUCUCGGAUCUUCUGAAAAAAAUUGAGUUGAACGAGAAGGAAUGGAGGGUGUGGUAUGAAGCUGAAAAGCCAGAAAUGGAGGAAAUACCCUGUGGUUACCAGAAUAAUUUGGAUGUAUUUAGAAAAUUGCUCCUUGUCCGAAGUUGGAGUCCGGAUCGAACUAUUUCUCAGGCGAGAAAAUACAUUGAGGAGUCUCUUGGUCCAGAAUAUGGUGAAAUGCAAAUUCUCGAUUUGGAAGCAACUUGGGAAGAAUCUGAACCACGUACACCACUAAUUUGCAUCCUAUCUAUUGGGUCUGAUCCAUCAACUCAAAUUUCAUCCUUGGCAAAGAUCAAGAGCAUUCCCCUCAAAGCCGUUUCGAUGGGUCAAGGUCAGGAGUUUCAUGCUCGCAAAUUGAUUACGGACUGCAUGGGAUCUGGUGGGUGGGUAUUGCUUCAAAAUGCUCACCUCUCCAUCACCUUCUGUGCCGAAAUAAUUGACAUACUGGUGGAAACUGAGCACGUGGAGGAGACUUUUCGGCUUUGGGUGACAACAGAGGUUCAUGAGCAAUUCCCCAUAGGGUUGCUACAGAUGGCAAUUAAAUUUACAAAUGAGCCCCCACAAGGGAUUAGGGCUAGUAUGAAAAGGAGUUAUCAGACAUUUACUCAAGAUUUCUUGGAUUAUACAUCAGCACCACAAUGGCCACCACUCCUCUACACAAUUGCUUUCCUUCACACUGUGGUCCAGGAGCGUAGGAAGUUCGGCCCGCUUGGGUGGAAUGUCCCAUAUGAAUUUAAUCAGGCGGAUUUUGCCGCCUCCGUACAAUUCAUUCAGAAUCACUUGGACGAAAUGGAUCCAAAGAAGGGUGUGUCUUGGCAAACACUUUGCUACAUGCUGGGUGAGGUUCAAUACGGUGGCAGAGUCACGGAUGACUUUGAUAAACGCCUCUUGACCACAUUCACCCAAGUAUGGUUCUGCGAGUCCCUCCUGAGUCAUGGAUUUGAAUUUUACAAGGGUUACAAGGUUCCAAUGACACGCAAUUUGCAAGGUUACGUGGAUUACAUCAAUUCUUUACCAACAUCUGAUACCCCAGAAGUAUUUGGUCUGCACCCAAAUGCUGAUAUCACGUAUCAGAUUAACACGGCUAAAGGUAUAUUAGACACCAUUCUAUCGGUUCAGCCCAAAGAGGGUGGCAGUCAAGGUGGAGAAACACGAGAAAAUAUUGUGUAUCAAUUAGCCGAUGAUAUGCUACGCAAACUACCACCCGCCUACAAUGCUUUUGAGGUGAAGGAGGCCCUUCAGCGAAUGGGUGUGCUCCUGCCCAUGAACAUCUUUCUUCGGCAAGAGAUCGAUCGAAUGCAGCGUGUAAUUAAAACGGUGCGUUCAAGUCUCAGCGACCUGAAAUUGGCCAUCGAUGGUACUAUCGUGAUGAGUCAGUACCUUAGGGAAUCACUGGAUGCUAUGUAUGACGCACGAAUCCCGGAUAAAUGGAUGAAGGUUUCGUGGGAGUCCACAACUUUAGGUUUCUGGUAUACAGAAUUGUUGGAGAGGAACACACAGUUCAGGCAUUGGUGCAACAGUGACAGACCUAAAGUUUUCUGGAUGACGGGAUUCUUCAAUCCACAGGGAUUCCUCACGGCCAUGCGACAGGAGGUGACACGAGCUCACAAAGGAUGGGCCUUGGAUUCAGUUGUACUUCAGAAUCAAAUAACAAGAUUCAACAAAGAAGACGUCUCUGAGCCACCGGCUGAAGGUGUUUAUGUACAUGGAUUGUUCCUCGAAGGAGCAUCGUUGGAUCGUCGUAGUGGCAAGUUGAUAGAGUCAAAACCAAAAGUUCUCUAUGAACAGAUGCCCGUGACUUAUAUUUAUGCCAUUAAUACGACAGCUGGUAAAGAUCCACGUCUCUAUGAAUGUCCCAUCUACCGGAAACCUCAGCGAACAGACCAAAAGUACGUGGGUUCAAUUGACUUUGAAACGGAUUUUAAUUCGAGGCAUUGGAUUCUUCGUGGAGUUGCUCUUCUUUGCGAUAUUAAGUGAACAAGGGUUUUAAGAAGAAUAUAUGGCAAGUAUUUCUUCAUGCUUUUGCCGUUACAAUGAGCUAAAUAUUUCGCAAUAUACUAAAUGGUACACGAGCUUAUAAAAUAUAGGCCGAAUAAAGCCUACGCACCAACAUAACUUUACAAAAGUUCUUUACUGCUGAAUAAAAAGUUUCACUUUACACCUGCU